CCAUAUUAUGAUUCUCACAAAUCACAACCAAAUAUCAACCUUCAAAACCAACAUGGCGAAGUUUACCCUUCUUUUCCUUCUCCUUGCUCUACUCUCAAUGGCAACAUCAACACCAACAAACUUCAUCAAAUCCUCAUGUAGCACAACACCAUAUCCAACACUUUGUGUUGAAUCUCUUUCUGUCUAUGCAACAACAAUCCAACAAGAUCCACACCAAUUAGUCCUAACAGCAUUAUCACUUAGCCUCAACAAAACUCAAUCCACAAAAGGCUUUGUUACUAUGUGCAACACCUUCAAAAAUCUAAAACCAAUAGAAUAUGCUGCUCUUCAUGAUUGUUCUGAAGAAAUUAGUGAUAGUGUUGAUAGGCUUAGCCGUUCAUUGAAUGAGCUUAAACUUUGCAAGAUCAAUGGUCAAGAUUUCAAUUGGCAUAUAAGCAAUGUUGAGACAUGGGUUAGCUCAGCUUUAACUGAUGAAAGCACUUGUGGUAAUGGAUUUGGUGGAAAAGCACUUGAUGGAAGAAUCAAAGCCUCUAUUAGAUCAAGAAUGGUUCAUGUUGCUCAAGUUACUAGUAAUGCUCUUUCACUUAUUGAUCAAUAUGCUGCUAAUCACAUGGAAGAAAUUAAUUAAACACUAAUAAUCAAAUGUUUUGCUAUUAAGGUUGUUGAAAAUACUUUAAUGUGGUUGGUUACUUUUCUGUUUUUUGUUUUAUGUGAUGUGUGUAAUGUGUACCUACAACUAUAUAUAGUGUGAAAUAAAGUUACUAUUUUUAUGA